AUGAGUGAUAGAAUUAAGAAAAGAGGAUUGGAACCAUGGAAGAAAAUUAUAGACAAGAUUGGUGGUUGGCCAAUGGUUAUGAAUACAACUGAAUGGGAAAAAAAAGAAAUCACUUGGCAAGAUGUUGUUUAUUAUUAUGUCGAUAUUAUAGGAGGAUAUGGUUUAUUUAAUAUAGAUACUUCAUAUAAUCCAAAAAAUUCCACACUUCAAAUGAUUUGGAUUACUCAAGAAAAUAAGUUUCUGCCUGACAUCAGUUUUUUGAAUGAUAUGGAAAGUAGUCAUUAUUAUAAUCAAUAUAGUUCAUACAGUCAUGGAAAUAACGAUAAAACAAAAUAUGAAAAUUUUCUAAACAGAGCAAUUUCUAAAUAUUCAGAAUCCGAAGGAAUGAGGGACGAAAAAAAAAUCGAAAUUGAAAGUAGAAAUUUGUAUGAGUUUAUUAAAUCCUUGGAGAAGCUUAAAUUAACUCAAAAUGAAAGAAGAGAAUUUGAAUACGAAAUAAUGCGAAUUAGCGAUUUUCAGAAUUUUUAUAAUCAUAACAAUACUAAUGCAAGCACAAUAUCAAAGAUUAAUUGGCUCGAAAUGAUUAAAGCCACUUACAAUAAUACUAAUGUUGUUAUUGAUGAAUCAGAAGAAAUAAUUGUAUAUGACAAACCUUACUUCAAUAAAUUAAGUCAACUACUAGAAAAAACACCUCAAAGAACAAUUGUCAAUUACAUUCAUUGGAUGUUUAUACGGGAGACCAUUCCAUAUUUAGAUAAAGAAACAGUACAAUUCAUUUAUGACACGAAGAAAACUGCUGAUGUAGGAAUCAUCAAACCAUCAGAAAGGUGGGAAUAUUGUUUCAAUAGUUUGCCAUUCAAUUACGGAACGUCUUUUGAAUUCAUAAAACGUCUAUUUCCUAACACGACAAAAGUAUCCGGGACAACCAUAGCUAAAGAAAUCCAACAUGAAAUUGAAGUAGAAAUGUCGAACUCCAAUUGGUUAAAUAAUGAAACAAAGAACCUGGUUAAGGAAAAACUUAAGGCAAUGAAGUUUGUAAUUGGUUAUUCAGAAUCGUAUUUUUCGAAAUUUAAUUCAAGUGAUAAAAAUAUAAAAGAUGAGAUUCCGUUAGGUCCAGAUUAUUUCGAAAAUCAAAUCUCUUUUUAUAAAUAUAUAAGUUUUACAGAAGCCAAAGAGUUUCGUGAACUAAACACCAAUGAUUCUGUACCAAUUAUUUUGUCACCACUUUCCUAUAAUGCUAUUUAUCAACCAAGCACGAAUAGUUUGAAUGUUGCAGCUGCACUAUUUUUACUUCCCACGUAUAAUUCGAAUUUACCUCAUGCGAUAAAUUACGGAUAUAUAGGUUAUAUAAUGGGUCACGAAAUGACUCAUGGAUUUGAUGUCCGAGGACGAAAAUUUGAUAAAAAUGGAAAUGACAUUUCUUGGUGGUCAAACGAAAUGAUUGGUGAAUAUGAGAAGAGGGCCAAAUGUUUUGUGGAUCAUUAUAAUAAUUAUAAAGUAGACGGAGAACUAACUCAAGGUGAAACUAUUGCUGAUACCGGAGGGUUGAUUGCAGGUUAUGGAGCUUACAAGGAAAAAAUGAAGAAAGAAAAUAUUAAAGAUAAACGUUUACCAGGAUUAGAAAACUUGGAUUCAGAUCAAUUGUAUUUUGUUUCUACGGCUUUUGUAUUUUGUGAGAGCGGAACACCAGAAUUUUUCGCACAAGAAAAUACUGGUGUUCAUCCAAACUCGAAUUUGAGAAUAAAUGGACUCAUGCCAAACGUAAAAGGAUUUAUUGAUGCAUUUAAAUGUGACAAAGAACCAAUAUGCAAAAUAUGGGAUUGAUUAGAUUCAAUUUUAUCUUAAAAUAAUAGUAGUAAUAUUUUUAAUUAUUUUUUAAUUACAAGUGAAAUUCUUCCAUGACCUUAUAAAUUUAUUUUUAUAUAUAUAUUUCGUUCUUUAGAGAAAAAAAUGGUGUUUAUAGGAAUUUAGAAAUUUUUGCGGAGAGGAAAAAAUUUUUAGUUUCUUCGAAAUAUGUUAACAAAAAAAGAAAAAAAAAUGUUCAAUUUUUGUAGAAAACAUAACAAUUUUUUAUGAACUAAUUAUUUUUUUUGGUUUAAUUUUGGACCCGACUUUUUUUCAUUCUUUUAUUUUUACAUACCUGGAAGUAUUAAGAAGGUUUUGUAUAAAUUUUUAGUAUUGGACUAAUUUGUAUUUUGAAAAAUGAAAAAAUGUUGUUUAAUCAAAUUAUUUAAACAAAAAGUAUCGUCAGAGGCCCACUCUCUGAAACUUUUUGUAAAGUCUUCUUAGUACUUCGAGGUAUGUAAAAAAAUAAAAACAAGCCGGGUCCAAAGUUAAAAAAAAUUAAUUUAUUUAUAAAAACUGGUUAUUUUUUAUAUAUAAAUGUAAAAAAAACAAUUUUUCUUCAACAUACUUCGAAAAACUGAAAAUUUUUUUUCUCGUGACAAAAAUUCAAUACUUUUAAAGUUAAGUGUCAUUAAAAAUAAUAAUAAUAAUAAUAAUAAUAAUAAUAAAAAAUACGUUUACUAUUUUUUCUGUAAAGAACGAAAAAAAAUAUGUUUAUCCAAAUUUAAGAGGUUAUUUACAUAAAUUUCACGUGGAAUUGACCAUUUAAAUAUGAGGCAAAAUUUCUCAAGUGAUCCAAUAGCAAAAAUAUGAACAUUGAAUUUUUUAGAUGGUUUUUUUCUACUCCUCCGAGUAGUGCAACAAUUUUUUUAAAAAAUUCCAGUACCACUUUUUUUGGAAAUCAAAAAUUUUUUUUUUAAAAAAAGGACAUUUUUUUUCUUUUUUUUUUACCCCUUAAAUUGAUUCUCAAAAUAUAUACCUAUCUACUUUUAAUAAAAAAAAUUAAACAAAAUGCCAUUUUUUUGUUUUUGAGAUAUUAAUUAAUUAAUCUUAUUAAAAAAACGGCAUUUUGUUUAAUUUUUUUUAUUAAAAAUAUAAAUUUUUUGAUAACAAUCAAUAAUAAUUUAUGGAUGAAGUUCAAAUUGCAACCCGUUCUAAUACACUGGAACCUCCAACCAUUGCAUCUCUGACCAUUGCAGUUGUUUACCAAAACUUGGUGGGCAGCGGCAAGAAGAGUCAGAGGGGAAAAAAUGGCGUCAGUCAAGAAAAAACAGUAACGUCACAGUUACGUGUUCUUUUAGACCCAGUUUCUUUUUCCUUUUUUCUAAUUUAAACAAUCGAUCGGAGUUAUCGAUAUUAUAAACUGCAUUAUUAUAAUUUAAAUGUAUACGUAAUUAUAUUUAUAUUUUUCUACUUUAUAAAGAAUUAAAUUAAUCUCAAUUUUUAUUCGAACAUAUAUCCCAUACAUAAGUAUAUAAUAUGUACGGCCCUGAGUGUUUCCACUUUUUGACAAAACUUUGACGUCAAGGGUAACCUCCAUCCAUUGCACAUAAGACUCGCGCGCUGCAAUAUUGUUGGAGGUUCCAGUGUAGAAGAAAAUUUGUUUUUGAAUUGAAUAAUUUUAGAAAUUUUGCCUCAUAUAAUAUGUAUAAUAAAUAUAAUAUUAAAACGAAGUGUUAAAAGUUGACAUGGUAGACAGUGGUAUAUUAUAGGAUAUAAAGGGAAGUAAAAUGUUGUAAUAAAAAGAAAAAGAAGGCGCAUUUUCAAAUGUAAAUGAAGCAAUAAUCAUAUACUCCCUCAGCAA